GCCUAAACUUCCUUCUCAGCCUCCCUCCUCGCGCUGAGCCACCAUUUCUGCCCAAAAUCGCUCGGAGGCGGUUUCUUCUCCUCUUCCCCUCUCCUCUACCGAUCGUCGCUAUGCCCUAGCCGACUUCACUCUCCGCCGACCCGAUCUUCCAUCGCCAGCCACUCGAGUAGCGCCGGCCACCGCCGGACACCCUUGCUCUCGGCCCCAUCGCGACAUCGUCGGCCUCCCUUCUGCCCUAGCCGAAUUUCUUCCACAGCCGAGUGACCCCGAGCCCUAGCCGCGUCGCCGCCACUCCGACACGACGUCGAGCCCUAGGUGUUGACGCCCUCCCGAUGUCCUCACACGCAACACCGGCGACGGUCAUCUUCUUCUUCUUUCCGAGACACUGCCGAACCACCUCUGCCGGCCACCGGUCCGAUCUAGCGCCGGCCAAACUCCUCUGCCCUAGUUUGUAUUCGGCGCCACUGCCGUCUCUCGACCUGAACCAGCACUGUUGUCGCCUGUGCCCUAGCGCCGACAGUCGAGUUCGUCUGUGCCCUAGAACCGAUCUGCCCAUCUCCGGCUACUCAGGAGCAGGUAGUGCCAAGUUCUUCCUCUGUUCCAGCCGGAAGAAAAGGGUCGAUUGGGGGUCCAACCUCGCUCCAGUCAGGGCUAUUGUUGUGGAUCACCGGCAGACCAUCCGGAUUUGGGUUGAUGAUGUCAGGAGACAGUUCCAGUCGCUAGUCCCCAUUGCACGUAGUGCUAGUCCUCUACUGAUCACGAGUUUGAUUGAUGUUGUGGAUGGUUUGAGAUUGAUGGAUAUCGUGAGAUCAGAUGUUAUGAUAUAUUGA